AUGCAACAAGUUUCAAUGGUCUUUUGGAGCAUUCUGGAGCAUAUGGGACAUGAGGAGCAUGGAGGGACUUGGCACAUGGAAGCAGCUCAACUGGACACGCAAAGGAAGAAGGGAGAAGCCAUCUUGAAGACCAGCUCGACCGUCCUACUCGACCAACCGGUCGAGUUCCUCAACUCGACCGGCCAAGCUUCAACUCGAUCGAGCUGGAAGUCAAAGUCAAACCCGAAAAAUGUUGCUUCCCCCUUGACUUUCCUUUGA